AUGGCUGAAUUUCAUGGAUACGCCGCGUUCGAUAAAGAAUCAAAAUUAUCUCCGUGGUCGUAUAAACCGAAACCGUUGGCUGAUGAUGAAGUCGAAGUCGAGAUUUCGCACUGUGGCAGCGAUUUACAUACAAUGAGUUCUGGAUGGCGACAA